UCUAAUAUUUUUCUCAGUGUAACGAAUUCGGAGAGAGCCGUGACAGAAGUUUCUCCGAGUUUCGACUUUACAAGUACUUAGGCAAACCACCACCAACUAUUCGCUCUAAUGGCAAGCGAUUUUACAGACACACAGCGCUAACAUACAUCGGAAAAUCAACAAUAAAGCAAAUAAGAAAACUGCAUUUCAGCAAUGUGCAUACAUACUAUGUACAUCCGCCAGAUAUAUUCCGCAGCAGUGCAGGUACAUAGCGUAUUUAUAAUUUGCCUUUUCGAUUCCGCUCUCUAAAUUUCAACCUAUUACGGCUCUCAUCAGCCUACCGUGACGAAGCGCUGCAGUUCGUCACAAUUGUUGGAUUUUCUAUAAAAUACAACCACACCACCGUCUUCCGUUCAUUCGGAGUCGAACUCUUGAGCAGAUAAGAACAAAACACCACAAAACAGAAACAGUGAAAACUAAAAAAAUUAGAAAAUCAGCAGCAAAACAAAACGAAGUGGUUUGAAGUGAUUUAUAUACAAACGUAGCUAAAGCACGUUAUUGCGUAUAUAUAUAUGCAAUUACAAGAACAACAAAAGGCAUUGUGUAGUAAAGAUAUAAAAGUGUAGAAGUGCUACUGAUUUUGUACAUAUGUAUGUUGAAGGCAACUGCUUCGUCGAAAUAAGCAUCUAAAACAGAAUAAAAGAAGUGCGUUGCAAUUCGUCACUGGAAAAGUGAAGCGAAACGAAGUCAUUGGAAGGUUCUAGAAGAAACACAACAAAAAGCAAAUAUAACUAUUAACUUCGCUUUAGUGAAGUGCCUUUGCAGUUUAGUCAAUAAUUUUCUCUAACUUACAACCAAACCGCGAUUUGUACAAAUCAAAUUCACAUUCGAAAUGGCUUUUAUGGUGCCUGUCAUGAAGAAUAACUACGAUAUCUAUAAGGAUAGUCGUUCACGCAAAACAUCGGAGUGCUCCACCACCAGUUCGAAUGGUGGCGCCCCCACAUUGUCUUCUGCCAUGGGUGUGCCGGCCAAUGGACGUGUUCGCAAAGUGUCUGAAUGCAAGUCCGAGAGCUUUGCCACAUCACCUUCGCACACCUAUCGCAUGCAGAUGCAGCGCUGUCAGUCAUCGCGCGCCUUUCCUCGUAACGCAUCGCGUACCUCGCACUCGUCUGCCGCUGGUGCUCUUUCGCCUACACGUUCCUUCAGCCAGGCCUCCAGCCCGCCCAAGACAAUAAAUACAACGGAAAGCCAAAACGAUAUCACGAAAUUUCAUUUACGUUUGGUCGAUAAGCUACGCAAGUCCUUUCGCAAGGACAGUGCCAAGCGUUCAUGAGAACGGGAAAGCGUUCUUCACCACAGCAACAGUAGCGGCAGCUAUCCUAAUGAAGAUGGCAGCACAACAAAAGCAGAAAACAAUAAUUUUAAACAUAGUAGGGAAACGCAGCAGCGUUCGUUGGCCGACAGUCCAGAAGGUAGAGCAAGCAGACGACAGUCGGCCGUACGCGACAUUGCCUGCGCGUCGGCGGAUACCGCCACAACCCACAAGGAAAGUGAUAUCGUUGCAGCAGAUAUCGCUGAAGAUGCAGAGGAUUGGCCCAAGUUCGAAGAUAGCAAUGUCAUUGCAGCGCCGAGUUCACUGGCCGCACAUCUGGGGCGGCGUAUUACGGCGCCGUUAACGCGUGCCAAUCUCAAGCGUUGCCACAAGAAAUUCGCUAAAAUGCAACUCAGCGCCGCUGAGCAGCACUCAAUCGUUGCCCAAAUAGACGCCACGUCGACAAUUGAGCUAUACUCCAGCUCGGAUGGAUCAAGCUUGUUGGGAGGCGGCGACAGACGACAAUUGCUAACAGGCAAGAAGUUACAGCAGAAACGUACUAAAAAUCCAACAACAAGCGUUACUGCGGAAACGGCAGAGAAACCAAAACAAGCGGAAGUAACUGGUCGCAGUCGAAAAACACGUAAACGACUGCAUUUCCUACGCCGUUCAAGCUCACGCUUCAGUUCGAAGAGCGCGCCAGGAUAAAACCGCUUGAAUGCACUAGAACUGGCUUUGUAUGCUUUCAGCUAUAUUUUGGGUUUCGUGUGGCAGCAAUGUUGGCUUUAGAUGUUUGGUACGCAUUGCUUUUAGUUUUGCGAAACAAGGCGGAGGAAAAGUGGAAGCGAAUGCUGUCAUAGUAGCUAUGCACCCAAGGUCCAAGCGGGUCUGAGCGACAUGCUAUGAGUGAACAGUACUUGACGCGACCAACACAAAUGCAAGGUCACAGCCGCAUUGGUAGUUGGAAAAGAAGUAGUGACUAGACAGACGAGGGAGCACGCCAUGAAAUUGCGGUGCAAAUUGGCAAACAGCCCAACAUUUUGUAAAUAGCUGAAUCUGGGCAAACGUAACAAUGGUGACAGCUAGUUGAAAAGAAAAAUGCGCUUCAACGGUGCUCAUUUGCGAAAUUUCACAGGCAACGGCGAUCGGUACACUGGCUAUUUUUGGGCUCAUCCGGCGUCUGGUAAGGGAUAUCACACAAAGACAUAUAUUAAAGAUACGGGGUAUAUUUUUUGAUUCAACAAAUAAAAGAAAUAUUUCCGACGAAAAACAUUUUUAUAAACUAUUAGAACUUUAGAAGUAAACUAAUUUAAUCCACAGCUUUUUAUAUUAAAAUUAAUACAGUGUGAUAUGAAACCAUAUGAGAUACUGGUUGUGUUAGUGACAGCGAAUAAACUUAUUUGACUUAAUUUACAACAAAAAGUACUAAGUAGUGGGAAGCCAGCAAGCAAAAUGGGUGAGAAAGAGUAAAAAAAAAAGUUUCAAACGGUUUUCAGGGAAAAAUGCUUCCAAAUUCUUACAAAAAAAAAACGAAAACUAUACAAUUUUGAAACUGCCAUUUCCAUAUUGCGCUGUAGAGAAAUUAGAAAAAAAAUGUUUUGCGUACAAGACUCAUAAAAAUAUUGUAAAGCUAUACUUGAACUUUUACGAAAAUGUGGAGCUUAGAGUUAGAAAAAUGUCAUCUUAACAAAUAAGUAAGAAAAACGAGUUCCAGUGUCCGUUAAAGUUCAUUUAUAGUUCGUCAAUAAAAAGAAACAAUUUUUAAAUAUUUACUAGCUGCUAAUUAUAGUGUGUACUUUGUAUAAAAAAUGGACUUGCCAAGUAUAACUUAGAGUUUUCUGCUUUAUAUAUUUUAUGAAUGUUAAACUUUACUUAUAUAUACAUACAACAAUCUAUAUACACAAAUAUGUAUGAGAUAACUUAAAUACAGUUAGUUUGCUUAAAA